AUUCUAGAUCAUAUUUGCAGCUACGCACCAACCGUGCCCUCACUGUGUUCCACAAAGUUGGAAAGCCAAGCAAAGAACUAAGAAUUCUUAGGAGAAAAAUCAUAGGAAAAACUCCAAUUCGAUUGAUUCCACAAUAAAAAAAGCAUCCUUGACUUUUGAUGAAGACCAUCAAAACAUUGAAACAAACGGCAAAAUGACGAGUGCAAAUCAUUCUCACAACAAUUCGGGUCGCCAUGACAAAUUCUGUUGGAAUUGUCAUAAAAAAAGCUCAAACAUAUCAUGCCCGAAUUGCUUUCGAUCAUUCCACGAAAAGUGCCUGAAAUCGACCGAUGCUUUUCGUUGGAAUGGCAAAGACAAGUCCCUGGUGAGCUGCACAGUUUGCACGGUCAAAGAAAUGUCAAAAGAAGCUUGCGUCGGCAUGCAAGGUCUUUUAAAAAUGCUGAAGCACACGAUGGUCGACAUUCUAAACAAUUCAGACUUCCGCAUGUUCAAGGACUUAUCAGCAUGGAAGACGAUAGCAAAUUACUGCGAUGACGUCGUCAAUCCAAUCGAUUUGGACGAAAUUGACCGAAAGAUUUGUCGUGAGCUCUACAAUAGCUUCUAUGCAUUCCUCGUUGAUAUUGAUUGCAUUUACCACAAUUGUUUCGUUUACUAUGGCGAUCGUCACGAGUUCACUAAAAUCGCUAGAAAAAUGUUUGAAAUAUGUACACGUGAAACUGAAGCCAUUUCAAGUUGUGCCGAAUGUUACGAGAACAAGCACUUGCAUCCAAUGGAAUGGCGUACAAUGACAUGCAACAAGCCACAUUUGGUUCUAUGGGCGAAACUAAGUCGAUCGUUAAAUUUUUGGCCAGCUAAGAAAGGAUUUACACACUGGCCAGCAAAGUUAAUAAGCAUCGAUGACAAUUCAUUUAUCAAUCUCAAAGUCAUUUUUUUCGAAUCAUCCGAAUUUGUUGAUAUUUCGGCACUUGAAUGCUGGGUUUACUCCACAAAAGAUGCGACUGCAUUUAAUCAGCGAUUCUACAAUCCAAAUUACAUUCAUUUUGCUUUGAAGGAGGUCGAUUUGUAUGGAAAAAAUAUCGAGAAGAAAUAUGGGCGUUUCCAGAGCGAUUUGGAAUGCAUUCAAUUUGUUCGAGAACACCUGAAUGAUCACAUGGCUGCAAUGUUUCCGGACUAUGACGGUUCAGUGGAGGUAAUGGUACCCAGUCAAACUCCACCAAUUGACGAUGAUAUCGUUGAUGAUCGUCCAGCAAAACGGCCACGUUUGUCAACUGAUACCGCCGAAAAUCCAAAUGAUGGUUCGACAAAAGCUGUCGCAAUACUUAAAAAGUACAUGGAAUUCGCCGAGCGUGAAAUGACGGAACUCGAAAAAGUCAACAAUUCAAAGGCCCAGCAAAUAAUGAAUGAAUUGAAUCGUUCAAAAGGAGCACUUGCUGUUGCCCAUGAUGUUAAUCGGAAAUUGUCUUCGGAGCGGGACGAAGCAAAGCAAGCGGUGUUUAAAUCAAAGGAAGUAGCAGCAAAAAGUGCAGAAUUGAUCAAGACAAUGAAGGAGAAAAUCGAAAAUUUGGAGGAAAACAAUGGGGUUUAUAGACAAAAGAUGGAUGAAGCAAUAGCGGAUAAGGAACGCGUUCAAAAAGAAAAGAAAAUAGUCGAAGAAAACUUGCAGAAGGCAACACGGGAUCAUAACGAUGAAAAGGAGGCUUUGAGGACACAGAUUAGCAACGAAGGCUUGAAUAACUUAUUGAAACUGCAAAAAAAGUUGGAAAAGGAGCACAACGAAGAAUUGGAUAAACUUCGCGAACAACACGAAAUAGAGUUGGAGUGCGAGAAAAAUCGUAUUUCAAUUGAAAACGAAAAAUGGAAGGCGGAACAACAACAAAAAGUGAACAAUUGGAGGAAGAAAAUUCGCGCCACCGUCGACGAAAAUUUCUCAUUUUAAAGUGGAUUGAAUUUAAUUUUCAAACCAUUUUGAUCGAUUUAUGAUUCUUUUUAUGAUUCUUUUUUUCUAAAUCAAUCAUUUCAUUUCCAAUCAAAUAUUUUUUUCGUUAGCUCAAGCGGAAUCUUAUAUUCAAAAUAUCCAGAAUAUUCACAACUUUUUGUGAUGAAUGAAAUCCCUUGCGUUGGCCUUACAAUACCCGUGUGAAAAAGAAAUGACUGACUGACUAUAACUUCAGUUGACUUUAGUUGAUUGAAUUUAUAUUUUUGUUCUAAGAAAAUCACUUGGUCCCAAAUGAAGCAACUUAGAUUGACUUGUAACUUCAAAUGAUUUCAGUUAACUAUGAUAGACUUACACUACACUUUGUACUGAAAUGUUAAUCAAAGUAAGUCAUUUUUGUCCCAAAUUAGUUAACUGACUGCUCAGUUACUAUUUUUUCACACGGGUAAGAAUACUUUCAAAAUUGAAUCAAAUUAAUGGGUAAUUCGAAUGUACGAACCAUUUUGUAAGACUCAUACAUGUCUAACGAAAUUCAUAACCAUAUGAAUUAAAAUAAAUUCAAUAGAAAAAA